UUGCCGUAGCACCCGUGACAGAGAAGUUCCGUUGCCUUGGAGCCGAAAGGAAGCGGCCACGAGAAUCCAGCCCAAGUUCUAAGCUGCCAUGUCCGUGCUAGACGCACUUUGGGAGGACCGAGACGUCCGGUUCGACGUCUCCUCUCAACAAAUGAAAACAAGACCUGGAGAAGUCCUUAUUGAUUGUUUAGAUUCAAUAGAAGACACCAAAGGAAACAAUGGGGAUAGAGGUAGAUUAUUAGUGACAAAUUUGAGAAUUAUAUGGCACUCUUUGGCAUUACCCAGAGUCAAUCUUUCUGUUGGCUACAACUGUAUAAUCAAUAUUACAACAAGAACUGCUAACUCUAAGUUACGGGGCCAGACUGAAGCUCUUUAUAUACUAACAAAAUGUAACAAUACUCGUUUUGAGUUUAUAUUUACAAAUGUGGUUCCUGGGAAUCCUAGACUUUUUACCUCUGUCAUUUCAGUACACAGGGCUUAUGAAACUUCUAAAAUGUACCGUGAUUUUAAACUGAGGAGUGCAUUAAUUCAAAACAAACAGCUAAAAUUAUUGCCACAAGAACAAGUAUAUGAUAAAAUCAAUGGUGUUUGGAAUUUAUCCAGUGAUCAGGGAAAUCUGGGAACCUUUUUUAUUACUAAUGUGAGAAUUGUUUGGCAUGCAAAUAUGAAUGACAAUUUCAAUGUCAGCAUACCAUAUCUGCAAAUUCGUUCUAUAAAGAUCAGAGAUUCAAAGUUUGGUUUAGCACUUGUUAUAGAGAGUUCUCAACAGAGUGGAGGAUAUGUUCUUGGUUUCAAAAUAGAUCCUGUAGAGAAACUACAGGAGUCUGUAAAGGAAAUAAAUUCACUUCACAGAGUCUAUUCUGCCAGUCCUAUAUUUGGAGUGGAUUAUGAAAUGGAAGAAAAGCCUCAACCUCUUGAAGAUCUGACAGUUGAACAAAUUCAAGAUGAUGUGGAAAUAGAUUCUGAUGAACACACUGAUGCUUUUGUCGCUUAUUUUGCUGAUGGCAACAAGCAACAAGAUCGUGAACCCGUAUUUUCAGAAGAACUGGGACUUGCAAUAGAAAAAUUGAAGGAUGGAUUUACCCUGCAGGGACUUUGGGAAGUAAUGAGUUGAUCUUGAUUUGAGCUGAGUUUCUAUUUAAAGAUACUUUAAGAUUGAAGAUGCUAGUGGUCUGGUAUAACAUAGAGAAUAGUCAUAUGUCAAAUAAUAACUUUAAGGAAUUUAAGAAAAAAUGCAUUUAUCUAAAAUGUUAUUGCCAGUUGCCUUAUUUAUCCAAAAAUUGUAACAGAAUUUCAUUUAGUUUGUUGAAUAUAUAAACUGUACAUAGCAUUUUAAUCUUGUACAUUAAUGAUUUUGCUGUCAUAAAAUGACUGUAUAUGAUUGUGUUUAAUAAAGAGUACUUGUAUAGCACUUUUUAAUGUUUUGCAAAUAUUAUUUAGGAGAAUAAGACAGGAAGUCUGAGUCAGAGAUGAACUUUUCUGAACUUAGGUAGGGUAAGAAAAAUGUGCUAUAAUGGAAAGAGUGUUAGCUUUGGGUGAGAAGUAUCUGGAUUUGAAUCUCUACUUACUACCUACCAUGACCAAAUCCCUUUAGUUGCUGGGAUCUUAUUUUCCUUAUCUGCAAAAGGACUGUGUUAUGCAGAUCUCUAUUGUCCUUUCCAACUAGAGAUACUAUGAAUCAGAAGAUUAGAGCUUUCAACAAGUUUAAUUGUGUUGCUACACAGUUUCAAGUAUAAGGCUCUUUAAUAUUAAUUAUUACUAUCUUUACUCCCUAACUUGGGCUCUUUUAUUUUUAAGAAAAGCAAAUUUUAAAAUUACAUAAUGAUAUAUAGCCAAGUCCUGUCUCCUUGAGAGAAGGAGUAUGUCUCCUCAGAGAAUGUUUCUGGGAAAUGGAGGAUAAGAGACUAGAGGGGGAAGCCUUUACUUGAAAUUUUGAGUACUGGUUAGGACAUUUUCUCAAUAGAUAUUUGUUUAAUGCUUUGUUGAAAUAAAAUAUUUGUUUUACCAUUUUAUUGCUACAGUCAUUCCCUAACAUUUUCCUUGUUUUUUACUAUGGUUUAUAGGAUAACUUUCAAUUCCCAGUUAGUUGUACAUUUAAUGAGAAGCUUGUGCUAAGUACUAUUACUGUACUCAAGCUUAACAGAGAGUUAAGAAAACAAUUUAUGUUCAGAAUUUUUAAAUUUAUUAGGAAAUAGUAUCAGUUUUAAGAGAGGUACCAUUAUGAAAAAUUGCCUAUAACUUUUUAAAAAAAUAAAUUCAGUAAUAUCUUUUCUCUGUUACAAUGUAAAAAAGUAAUGUCAACUUAAUCAUUGAAUUAUAUUUGUUAUAUGUCAUGCAUGAAAAAGCUACUCUAAAAAUUGCUUAGUUUUAAGGUCUAGUCUGAAAUGGAUCACAUCAUAGGAUUUUCAUCUGACUCAUUAAGAUCUUUCAAAUAUUAGGUGUUAGCAUGACUCAAGAAAUGACUCAUUUAUUGUUUAAAGGGAGGGGGGAGCAGCUGUUAUAUGUUUUCUAGUGAGAUAAAAUCUUCAGUAGUGUCUAUAAAUGGAUGAGUUGAUGAACUUUACUUUCAGCUGUUAUUUUAGCAGCUGGCAGCUCUAUGGACUUCAUUAUGAUGUAAAAUGUAAGAAAACAGUUAUCAAACUUUAGAUUUAGUGGUUUGUAGUAUGUACAAAUUCAAAUAGAAUUUGAAAUUACAGUAUAUGUAAAGCAAAACCAAUUUCAGAAAAUCUUGAAAAUGCAGUACAAAUAGAAAUAGUUAAAACAUUUCCACAAUAACUGUAAAUUGAGCUCUGCUAUUUAAAAUAGUUUUACCUUAGAAAAAAUUUUAAGUUGAAUCAUUUAUAAUCUAAUAAAUUUUCCCAAAACUGUUGUUUGCUUUAGAAAAAUGACUUUCAAAUUGUAUUUUUGAUCAUGACUAUAUUCUGUACAAUCUUCAAAUGAAUAUAAAGUUUCUAUAAUGACUAUGGAUGAAAUGCUUUUUAUCUUUUUAACUUCUUACAAAAACAUUUUCAAUAUUUGUAAACUAUUUGAUUACCCUUAUUUAUAAAUAUUCCAUGUAAAUAAAAGGUAAUUCAGAAUA